AUGGACGAUCCGUGGGGCUCCCCGUGGGCAUCUACUGACAACGCAAAUGCGCCGUCUACCAGUCCCUCCAAGAACAUCAUCGAACCUCCGCCACCCGCCUUUCUCUCCACUCCUAGCAACCUGAAUCUACCUUCCAGCCAGUCAGCCUGGCUUGACGACGAUGCCUUUGGGGAUUGGGCAUCUCCCGACCCGGGACAAGCUACCAAUGCAUCUCCGUGGACUUGGGGGAACGAAGCCACGCCAAUUGAGGGUCUCACACCGAGCUAUGAACCCAAGCCCAGACGAAAGAGCAGCACGCCCAGGUGGCCUCGAAGCCGAUCACCGUCGCCGGGAUUGAGACCUCCCAUCACUCCCAACAUCGCACCUCACAGCGCUUCUCUGGCCCAGCCUUCGCCAGACCCCUGGGCCAACCACGUAUCGACCUAUACUAAGGACGACCCCGAACCGUUAGCGGAUCUCCCCCAUAUACCAGAUGUUCCGCCGGUCACGCACGAACAAUCGGAGGUCGGUGUGGGUUUGAAGGAUACGCCCAAUGCUUUUGAAAAGGGGUUCACUGCCCACGAAACAAUAAGAACACAGUUCGCUGAGCCUCUCGCUGAACCAAUACAAGAAUAUCUGCAAUUCAGCGAGACCCCGAUUUUCGAUCGAUUCCCCACCACUCACGAGCGUGUUCGCGAUACUGCUCAAUCAUCAGGCUCAGCCUCGGCCUCAUCUGUCAAUGGCGACGAAAAUGACGAAGACGACGAAAACGACGAAAACGACGAACUUCCAGAAGCGAGACACGCCGAUUCUCCAAUAACAUCUAUCGAAGAUAAUGUCCUACCCAAGGCGACGCAGAGGAAAGCCUCUGGCAAGGUCCUGGAGCUUGUUGAGAUGUAUGAUGGCAUCGCCAAGCGAACCACAGAUAUCCCUGAGCGGGCACCUUCAUUACAACGUAGUGUAAGCCGAGACCUGGACGUGGGCCAGGAAGAUUUAUCUGGUCAUGAAUUCAACAAAGACGGCCGGAUAGAAGGGAAUCAGGGGCUACAGGGAUCUCGUGAUACAUCGGAGUCAACACAGGAGGAACCUUUUGACGAAGGCAGCAACGCUGCACAGGAAUCUGUUGACAAUGGCAGACCGACUCGUCCCGACCACGAAUCCUUCAAGGUUGAUCUCCAAAAUCUCGAGCAUCUCCUGCCAGAUACCUCCAUGGAUGCGUCGAUAUCUCCCGAAGAUGUACCAGAUCGAGUGAUUCAGGACAGCUUCGCAAGCAUUUCUGAACGCAAGAUGUGGUAUCGGUUGUCUCGCCACGAAUCUUUGCGCAAGCACAAUGCGGGAGACGACGACAACUACGUUCGGGUCAACUGGGCAAACUCCACACUCCGGCAAGACACAUUGAAGACUGUUCGUCGAUGGAUCGAGGAAGAUUCGUUCGGAGGGCGGCCUUUCCGUGGCGGGCUGGCACGAACUGCAGGCGGCAAAAGCUUUGGAUGGGAUGCGACAACGGCAGCAUCUCCGGUCGAUCUCGACAGGGUAUUCGGUCGCAAGGCGAAGCGGAGAGCGCCUGUUCAUCGGCCAACGCACUCGAUUGGAGCCCUGCCUUCCUUAUCUGCAACCCCUAUACUGCCUGACACUACGGGGGGGAUGCCAGCCUUGGGACAAGGCAACGGCAAUUGGCAAGAUCUCGCGACGUUUGGCUGGAGCAGCGGACCUGGCGAUAUAAAAUCGACAACAGGAACGGCGAUGCAGAAACCUCGGGCCGCGGGUAUACCGCUCCCUCUCGCCUUCACUGGCUUCGAUAACACGCCAAAGUCCCAUGCGUCCCUGCCGGCGUUUAUUAAGCCGAUCGCGCCAACUCCUCUACCAGCAGUAAGAGCCACAAGCUUAGAGGAGGUGGAUGAUGCGGAUGCUGAUGCGGAGGACGAUGACUGGGGAGACAUGGUUUCUCCAACUACGGCCGAAGCAACGGAUUCCACUUCCCUUCCCAAGACUAGUUGGGAUUCCUUCUCGACCAACCCGCUAGCCGAUGUCACGAGUAUGCCGCCUCCUGGUGGUUCCCUGACUAACCACCCGGACGCCGAUGCACUCCGCACCGGGAAUAACAAAGAAAAUGAUUCCCGUAACAAAUCAGGAGUGUGGGAUUUUGGCAAUGUCAUCAGCAGCCCCGCCCCCGCCUCCACAUCAUCUGCGGCAGCAGGCUUACCCCAAAGCCAAGACGGCCCUCUCAGCCCGUCGAUAUCCACAUACACAUUCAGGCCGGCGUCUACGGUGAAGCGACCACCGAGCCUCUCCAUCGCAGCCACCCUCACUGGCCAGCUGGAUCCAACGCAGUCUACUAAUAAAACCGGCAUAUCUGCAGGAGGGCCUGUUGAAACCCCACGUAUAACUGGCCGUCAGACGCCAUCCACGGCGCAGCCCAAUACCAGCAACGAGGAUUGUGAUCUUGUGCAGCAGUUUAUGCAUGGGCUACCGGACCUAUCGUACAUGCUGAAAUGA